ACCCCAUCCAUCCUCACUACUAGUAAAGGAUAACGUCCCCCCAGCCCCUCCUCUUAUAACACUCGCUCUCGGUCUUACGCUAUUCUCAGCUCUCACCAAUGGCGACGUCCUCUCACCUUCUACGCAACGUUUUCAUUAAAGGAUCAGGCUGGCAACCUCUGUUGUUGAAGACCAACAAUUUUGCUAUCUCUGAAAGAUUCAAGUAUCGUAGCAGGAAAUUUUCAUAUCUAGGAGGCCAUCGACUCUCGUAUUGCUGCCUAGCUGUUUCAAAUUCUACCUUUCAACUCUUGCCAUCUAGUUUAAGGGAGCCACCGCAUAUUGCUGGAAUCGAAACAAGCAUUAAGCUCAACAUGCCACCUGAUGUUGUUACCUCGGAUCUAAGUAGGACAUUGUUACUGGCCGAUUUGGACCCUGCCACUGCUAAACUGGCAAUUGGUAUCUUAGGGCCAUUUCUCUCAGCAUUUGCCUUUCUAUUUAUUCUGAGAAUAGUCAUGUCUUGGUACCCCAAGCUUCCGGUGGAGAAAUUCCCAUAUGUCAUUGCUUAUGCUCCCACUGAACCCUUUCUUACUGCAACCCGAAAGGUGAUACCUCCUCUUGGAGGAGUGGAUGUAACUCCCGUUGUGUGGUUCGGGUUGGUUAGUUUCCUUAACGAGAUCCUGGUCGGGCCGCAAGGGCUUCUGGUUCUUAUCUCGCAACAGGUUAGCUAGUAUGCAUUGAAACAAUGAUAAUUCUAACAAAAUGGAUGUUUUGUAUUAUUCUUCUUCCAUUACAUACGAUUUCUUCUGUAAAGAUAAAUGGAUUUUCAGCUUCCAAAUUUCGGCAUUCUAUAUAAUAAGAAAAAUCUUGGUUUUACUUGACCAAGAAUCUAAA